GCAGUGGUCUAGUGGAAUCAGUUCCAGAAAAACGUGAACGCAGCAACAUGAAGUACAUUGUAGUAUGUCUUGCCACUUUGGCAGUACUAGCUUUGGAAGUUUGCUCCAACGAAGUAGAAGUAGCUGGUGACGAUCUGCCGCAAACCGACCAGCUGAAGUUGGCGAGCUUUUCGUCGAGAGUUGCUGAAGCUGUGAAUCCGGCAACGAGUGGCAAGCGUUCCGCAGAUAACAACGUGUACGAAUCAUGCGCAGACACUCCUCCAAUAUCUGGAUAUUAUUGGUUCCGUGGGCCAGGUGGACGCUAUUACCGAGCGUAUUGCCAGCACAACGAAUAAACGACUGUCACUUACAGUUUGGUAGAAACUACUUGAACGGGAUCUACGGACUGGGUAAAGAAAAACGAGACAUCUGGUGGGGAACCUUUGGCAAUCUAAGUGUGCAAAAAACUUUUUCGUUAAAAGAGGUUUAAAUGAUGGUGCGCUAUUAAUUCUAACAACAAGUUUCCAGAAAAUUAAUAAUAAAAACCUGGAUCUUAGAAAACAAACCCACUAAUUAACGCUGAAAUCAUUUGAUGAGUUUUUUUCCAGAAAUAUCCAGAACUUUGCUGUUAUAAUCAUAAGUAACAGGAAUCGAAAACAACUCUUUAAAAUUUAUGAUAUUUUCCGACAUCCGAUUAACUUCAUUGACGCCAAUAAGCGCUUUAAAAACCUUUUUGGCAUCCAAAUCAUGGUGAAAUCAAGUCACUUAUCGUGUGCACCUGGAUUAUCGCUGCUGAACAGAUCAGCUGUACAGAUUUACAACUGUUUCAACACUGGUAUUGAAAUCAGUGAUGAUUGCGGAAUUCCCCCCUCCCUGCUGUCGCCGUGGGUGUCAAAGAUUGGAUUUUGACGUCACCGUUUUAUUGUGCUGCUUAUCGGAGCGGUCACCAGGUUCGACGCAAUGGUCAGAGUUAUUAAAGGUCGAACGCGUUCCGUUUCUAGAACAUAACGUUCAAGAGGCUCAUACGAAUCGUGUUGUAACAAAGAACCGACAGACAGGAAUGGGUGAAUUUUAUGUGAUUUUUUUGGUGCUAUUUGGAAGUGUCUUCCUCGUGAUUAAUGCUCAAAAUCCAUGCGUUGGAGUUCCGGACGGAACGUUCGUGAACGAUUUUACGGCUUGCGAUGGGUUCUUUACGUGCGUCCGGGAAAUGCCAGUGCCGGGAACCUGUCCAAUUGGGUUCAACUUUAAUGAACCGGAGCAGAAGUGUGACCAUCCGUGGAAUGUGAUUUGUUUGAUCUGUGAAGAGGACACGACCGGGGCUGGAUUUGUCCGGGUUCCCAUCGAAGACGAGUGCAGGAUGUACACACUUUGCAUCAACAGCCGGGGAUUCCUGCAGGAAUGUGGCGAUGGACAGAUGUUUGAUCCCGUGGGACGGCAGUGUGAUUUGGAGGCCAAUGUGGCCUGUGAAGAUAGAAAAUGUCCAAACAACCUCAACCCAAAUGUGCCCACCUUUGUGCCGGACCGGACGGAUUGCUCCCGGUACGUGAUCUGCAUGAACCGGGAACCGAUUGCCGAGGAGCAGUGCUCCGGAGAUUUGCUGUUCAACCCGGCAACGAGCCAGUGUGAUUUCCCAGAAAAUGUCGAGUGUGAAGAAAUUCCUCCCCCAUCGCAGCUGGAAUGUCCCCCGACGGGACUGCACUUCAUCCCGAUCGCGGACACCUGCACCGAUUUUGCCAUCUGUCUCGACGGUCAACGCGUCGGCGAAAGCACCUGUGCCGAUGGACUCAUCUUCGACAUCAUCACCUCGGACUGCCAGAUUCCCUCGGACGACACGCAGUGUCUUGCCCCGCCCGCGUAAAACAUCAUAAUUUUAAGCUGUUAAUUUAUAUCUCAAAAAUAAAACAUUACUGCUAGC